AUGAACCGCGAGGAGCAGUACUACGCGGCCACGCAGUUGUACAAGGACCCCUGCGCGUUCCAGCGGGGCCCGGCGCCCGACUUCAGCGCCAGCCCCCCUGCGUGCCUGUACAUGGGCCGCCAGCCCCCGCCGCCGCCGCCGCCGCCGUUCCCCGGAGCCCUGGGCGCGCUAGAGCAGGGCAGCCCCCCGGACAUCUCCCCGUACGAGGUGCCUCCGCUCGCCGACGACCCCGCGAUGGCGCACCUCCACCACCACCUCCCGGCUCAGCUCACGCUCGCCCACCCGCCGGCCGGGCCCUUCCAGGAUGGAGCCGAGCCAGGCGCCCUGGAGGAACCCGGCCGCGUCCAGCUGCCUUUCCCGUGGAUGAAGUCUACCAAGGCUCACGCGUGGAAAGGCCAGUGGGCAGGCGGUGCCUACGCCGCGGAGCCCGAGGAGAACAAGCGGACUCGCACCGCCUACACCCGCGCGCAACUGCUGGAGCUGGAGAAGGAGUUCCUAUUCAACAAAUAUAUCUCCAGGCCGCGCCGCGUGGAGCUGGCCGUCAUGCUGAACUUGACCGAGAGGCACAUCAAGAUCUGGUUCCAAAACCGCCGCAUGAAGUGGAAGAAGGAGGAGGACAAGAAGCGCAGCUGCGGGCCCCCGGCGGCGGGAGGUGGGGACGCGGAGCCCGAGCAGGACUGCGCGGUGACCUCCGGCGAGGAGCUGCUAGCGCUGCCGCCCCCGCCGCCCCCCGGGGGUGCCGUGCCGCCCGCGGGCCCCGCCGCUGCCCGAGAGGGCCGCCUGCCGCCGGGCCUUAGCGCAUCGCCGCAGCCUUCCAGCGUCGCGCCCCUGCGACCGCAAGAAUCUCGGUGA